CAUAGCGGCGCUGGGCGGCGCUAGCUCGUGGCAGCCGAAUUCGACUGUCAACUGACAGGAGCGAAAAUCGAUUCUGCGUGGGCACGCUCCCGCUCUGCGAUUAAAGGAAACGGGGAGCUUUCUCGUUAAUUCGAAAAAGUUCCAAAAAGUUUACCUCAUCGAUAACUUGCGAACCAAAAGGACUCUCUAUCGUCGUUUCUCAUCGAACAAUCGCAAACCGCAAUAGUAAUAGAGAGACAGUCGAGUCGGAAUCGUGUAUUAAUCAAACUUUGUUAAAUAAUUGUAUUUUGUUAUCUGGUUAAAUUAUAAGUUUUUUUAUUAUAAAGUCAGUGUGAUUUUAUUAAGAUUCCAUCCCGUCGUUUCAGCGAGUCGAGCAGUUAGUGUAAUAUUAUUACACUAACAAUAAUAUAAAAGGUCGUGACGAUUCAACAGACAAUGUCGUUCGAAUAAUUACCGUUGAAAUAUUUCUUUAAAAGACUUUUAUUGAAAAAUACAUCAUGUCGGAAAUCCUUAGUCGAACAUACAGUCGAAUACCGCGUAAAAAACGAAAAGAUCUUACAAAUAUCAGCAUUUUUAUAGGUUAUUGUUUAUAAUAGAAAUUGAAGAACUGUAAAUGAAAAUGAAGGUGACAAUACGUUCGAACGAGGUGUAUUCCGCUAAGUGUGCGAAUAUUUUGGGAACAGCAGUAGCAAGAGCAGUCAGAAAGCGACGGUUAGUGAUAGCAACUGCUGUAAUGUUGGAGUUGCAAAGAACGCAAAAGAAGCGAGGCUACAAAAAAAAGCAAUACUGGGUAGCUCCAUACUUAAAAGACUAUAAGGACCACAGCUUCUUUCACGUAUCCAUCCCUAAACUGACAUUCGAAGAUGGCAUACGUUACUAUAACUAUUUUCGAAUGUCGGUAACACAGUUGGAAGAACUGUUGUUAUUAGUUGGAGCACAAUUGCAAAAAAUAAAUGUUCAAGAGUGCAUAGGACCUAAAGAACGCUUGGCGUUAACAUUAAGAUAUCUUGCAUCUGGUGAUUCAAUGGUAUCGAUGUCAUACCAAUAUCUCGUAGGAGUUAGCACAGCAAACAACAUAAUUCGAGAAACGUGCAAAGCGAUCUGGGAUAUCUUACAUCCGCUAGUUUUACCACCUGCAUUAACUGAAAGAGAGUGGUUAGAUAUUGCGCAGGAUUUCGAGGAUGUAACAAAUUUUACCCAUUGCAUUGGAGCCAUCGAUGGCAAACACGUGACCAUACAAUGUCCCAACAAUGCCGGCUCUACCUAUUAUAAUUAUAAACAAUCGCACAGCAUUGUUCUAUUGGGUAUUUGUGAUGCAAAUUACAUUUUCCGAUUUGUGGACAUUGGGGUAUGCGGCCGACGAAGUGAUGGCAGAAUUUUUGGAGAUAGCGUCAUAGGAAGAAAUUUUGACUCUCAACGCAUGAAUGUGCCGAAGCCAGCAGCUGUUGAAGAAGGUGGACGAAUUUUACCAUUCUGUCUUGUGGGAGACGAGGCUUUCCCCUUAAAACCAUAUCUGCUUCGGCCUUACUCAAACAAGACUGGAUUGACUCCGCAGCAGAACAUUUAUAACUAUCGAUUAAGUCGUGCAAAAAGAAUGAUCGAAAAUACGUUUGGUAUUUUAGCGAGUCAGUGGCAAGUGUAUCGUAAACCGAUUAUUGCUUUGCCACGAACUGCUAAAUUCAUCGUGCAAGCAACAGUGUGUCUGCAUAACUGGCUCCGAAAAAAAGAUAUCGGAAGAAAUAUGUAUGUCCCCCUAAACAUGAUCGACGAAGAAAGCACAGAUUUAAAUAGUUUCCGACCAGGCACUUGGCGGACAAUAAUGGAGGAUGGAUGUGCAUUUCAUGAUAUCACUAAUUGUGGAACCAACACAAGUACUCAAAACUGCAAGACAAUUCGUGAUGAAUUUUGCGAAUUCUUUUGUAAUGAAGGAUCAGUACCGUGGCAAUUUAAUAGGCAUAAUAAAUAAGUGAUUUACGUA